UGUUAUCUCUCGGUUUCCCAACCUCGUCGAAGUCUCUACUCCUUCCAGAAACCUCUCUCCCACUCCCUCUUCUUCUCCCUCUCCUUCUUCCUCAGCUAUGGCUAGGGCUCCCGGAAAGCACGGUCGUGAUCAAGCUUUGGAUUUCCAUGGAUUUUUGAAUGACUUGCAGGAUUGGGAGCUUUCACUCAAGGAUAAUGACAAAAAGAUGAAGUCACAAACCUCUGCAAAGAUGAGUGGUGGUGAUAGAAAGCCAACAGGAAGAACUGCCGCACUUGAUUCUUCAAGAAGCAACUCCAGAGAGCAUGGUUUUUCAAAGUUUGAUGUGAUUGAUCAUAUAUCAAGUAAUUUAUUGGCUGAAGAGAGCUCCCCAGAUGCUGUGUCUGAAAAAGAACUGGGCAACGAGUAUUUUAAGCAAAAAAAGUUCAAGGAAGCUAUUGAUUGCUAUUCAAGGAGCAUUGCCUUCUCACCAACAGCUGUAGCUUAUGCAAAUAGGGCAAUGGCCUACCUUAAGAUUAAAAGAUUUCAAGAGGCUGAGGAUGACUGCACAGAGGCCUUAAAUCUAGAUGACCGCUAUAUAAAGGCAUACUCUCGCCGAGCAACAGCUAGAAAGGAAUUGGGGAAAUUGAAAGGAUCUAUUGAGGACGCUGAGUUUGCCCAGAGAUUGGAGCCUAACAACCAGGAAGUCAAGAAACAGUAUGCUGAAGUCAAGUCCUUGUAUGAGAAGGAGAUUCUUAAAAAGGCAUCUGGAUCACUGAGAAGCUCUGUUCAAGGAGUGCAGAAAGUAGGGAAGUCAGAGGCAAAAGUUGAUAGGGUUCAUUCUAUCUCAAGUGGUACUCAAAGGUCUGGAGUAUCUGCCGUUGAAGAAGAUAGCUCUAAGGAGAAUGAUGAGCAGAUUCCCAUGGAGAUGUCUGUUCCCAUUGAGGAAAUAGAAAACAGAAUCAUGGAUGCUGUAAGCAGAAGUGAAGGUCAAGAAGUGAAUGGUUCUCAUGAUGUUACUGGCCAAAGAUCUCACUCAGAAAAUCUUAAGAGAAAUUGUAGAAAUGGAAAGCAAGAGUUGAAGUCAUCAGUACAAGAGCUUUCUUGUAGAGCUGCUACUCGAGCAAUGACUGAAGCUGCAAAAAGCUUCACGCCCCCAAAUUCAGCUUUCCAGUUUGAGGUUUGUUGGCAGGGCUUUUGUGGUGAUCGUGCAUUACAGGCUCGUCUCUUGAAGGUUACAUCUCCAAAGGCAUUACCACAGAUUUUCAAAAAUGCGUUGUCUGCUUCUUUGCUGAUCGACAUCAUUAAAUGCGUUGCGACGUUUUUCAUUGAGGACAUGGAUUUGGCUGUCAAAUAUCUGGAAAAUUUGACUAAGGUCCCGAGAUUUAGCAUUCUUAUCAUGUGUCUUUCAUCUGUAGACAAGGCUGAUCUCUACAAGUUAUGGGAUCAAGUGUUCUGUAACGAGGCAACUCCUAUGGAGUACGCAGAGAUUCUUGAUAGCCUACGAUCAAAAUAUUGUUUCAAUCAACUAUAAGUGUACUGUUGGAAUUGUUUUUACCUAAUCUUGCUUUCGCAUCCUGUUUUAUGGUCGUUGUAAAUUAUCCAUACGAUUUUUUGAGAUACUCCACAGCCUUCUUCUCAUGUAUAUGAGGGAUAUCCUCUCCUGGCCACCAAUAGCUUUUGUUCUGGUAAUUGAAAAAGUUGCUGAUGAUGAGAGAACACAAUGUCAUUUUGAAACGUUAAAGUUCCAGUAAGAGCUUGUUAGCCUAAAAUGGUUAUAUAUGA